AUGUCCCCAUUCUCGGGCUUCGGGCUGGCUCUCGUCUGGUCUCUGGCAACCUCGUCCAGGCUAAGCGAGACCGGUUGCCGGAUGCGGAAAUCUCAAAGACCAGACCCUGUCGGGGUCCCCGAGGGCCGUGCAGCUGCCAGCAACCAGACUGAAAGGCCGAUAAGGUUCGGGCGACUUGUGGUUCGGUUCGCUUUGGCCAACUGGUUCUUCGUGCUGAUGGGUGGAGGCUGCGGCCGGAUUGCCGCCGGGGACCAUUAUCCCAUCCCCUGA